UAUGUCCAAAGUGUAUGUCCGUGGUGCACUGGCCUCCUCAACUCUGUAUCUCUUUCUUUUCAAAAUCUCAGCUUCUUUUCUCCGCCACAAUUAAGACCACCUCAGUUGAAGAAGCAUGUAAAACCCCUUCAAUUUUGUUGCAUAUAAAACAUUAAUGGAUUUGCAGUCCCAUCAAACCCUUAUUUAUUUACAUCGAUGGGCAUGGCUCUUCUUUCUUUUCCCCGUUUUCUUUCACUAUCAGUCCCCAAAACUCCUUCUUUCUGUUGUACUUGUGUAAUGUCAGUGAAAAUGAAAGCACCUGGUGCUGUGAAGAAAGAUAAUGCGGCAGGAGCUAUAGUAUGGUACAAGCACGAUCUUCGUCUCGACGAUCACCCUGGGAUUGCUUUAGCUUCUUCUAUGCAUCGGACACUUGUACCUUUAUACAUCUUCGAUCCCCGCAUUCUUGACAGAUUUUCUGAUGAGAUGCUGGAAUUACUUGUUUUUGCGCUGGAGGAUCUGAAGAGUUCACUGAAGGAGCAAGGAUCUAAUCUGAUGAUCAGGUUCGGGACUGCGGAGAAUGUCAUAGAAGGGCUCGUCAAAGAGGUCAAGGCUGCCAACAUAUUUGUAGAGGAGGAGGUAGAGUUUGACUUAUGGAGAAUAGUACAAGGUGUAAAAGAGACCUUGGAUAUGAUAUCGGGGACCCCAAAACUUGUAAUAUGGAACACUCCAUUUUAUGAUAUCAAGAGCUUAAAGGUUUUGCCGAAAUCAUACGAUGAAUUCAAGAAGCUCAAAUUGCCUUCUACGUCACCUCUUUCUUCCCAAGUGUUACCAAAAGCAGAUUUGAGCUUGUCCUGGGGUUCUUUGCCCACAUUAGAAGAUUUGAAGAAAUAUAUAGAUGGCAAUGCUGGCACGUCCCUAAACAGAUCUUCUACAAGUGAAUUGCAGAAAGCCCAGACUGCAACUCUGAGUAGUGUUGUUCAAGGUCUGAGAGAGGAAGAGUUCAAUGAAAACAGUCUAAGUGAUUCAACUCUCAAGAAAAUUCGGAGGAAGAGACCUGUAAAGUCAGCUUUUGUAACACAAUGUGGAAAUAUAGUGGGAGGUGGUACAAGCCUAGUGUUGGAUGCUUUGUCUGCAUAUUUGAGAUAUCUGGAGGGCACUUCCCGAGAUGAAUGGCAGGAGGUACAUGAAAAACUGCGUGCAGCUGAAACUCGGGAAGGAGCCUCAUUUGGUGCCCUUUUUGGAUCUGCUCUUCUUCUUGGAAUAAUUUCCAGAAGAAGAGUGUAUUAUGAAGCGAUUGAAUACGAGAAAAAACGAAAUGCUGGAUUUAUAUCACCUUUUGGAUACUCGGCCAAAACAGUUGCUGCAGCAAUUGAUACUGUGUGUUCAAUAGAGUGGUAUACGCUGUUGGCUUUAAGAAGUAAGGAAGCUAGUUCCGGUGUUAGGAUUUGGAGAUGGAAUGGCCAUUUGAUUCAUUAUACACUUACUGGGGAUGAAGGCCCUGCUCUUCUUCUUGUGCAUGGUUUUGGUGCUUUUUGGAGCCAUUAUCGUGACAAUAUACAUGAUAUUGCGCAAGGUGGAAAUCGAGUCUGGGCGAUGACACUCCUGGGGUUUGGUGAAUCAGAAAAACCAAAUAUUGUUUACACUGAAGUUGUGUGGGCUAAAUUGCUCGGAGAUUUCAUAAUUGAAGUAGUGGGAGAACCUGUCCAUCUUGUUGGAAACUCAAUUGGUGGCUAUUUUUCCGCCAUUGUUACUCGUCUUUGGCCUGCUUUGGUGAAGUCUCUGAUCCUUUUGAACAGUGCUGGCAAUGUUAUUCCUGGAUAUUCUGGUGCAUACCAUUCUGAUGCUAGGCAAACUUCAGGAGCAGCCUGGCUAGGUGCUCGUUUCCUUUCAGUGUUCUUGCGUUUGAAUCUUAGGAACACAGUGAGAAGUUGCUAUCCAAUUAGAAGUGAUCGUGCAGACGAGUGGCUUAUCCAAGAGAUGCUGCGAGCAUCUUAUGACCCCGGUGUAGUGGUGGUCUUAGAAAGUAUUUUCAGCUUUGAUCUUUCUGUCCCUCUUAAUUAUCUUUUGCAAGAAUUUGAGAAGAGAGUACUUGUAUUACAGGGAAUGAAAGAUCCACUUUCUGACUCGCAUUCAAGGUUAGCCAUGCUGAGAGAACACUGUGAAGGAAUUGUAAUCAGAGAGCUAAAUGCUGGCCAUUGCCCACAUGAUGAGAAACCAGAGGAAGUCAACUCUAUCAUUCAGGAAUGGGUAGUGACACUUGAAAGUGAACUACUUACAACUAGCUCAAAAAGGUAGAAACCAAUGUAUAAAAAGCAGUACUAGUAAUGUUUACAUUUCCAUUAGCCAAUCUGUCUGUAAUUAACUACUAUUACAUCCACAAAUGUGCAUGGAUUAUUUUUUGCUAGUGAAACAGGUGUGUGAGUACUAA